AUCAAUUUGUCUGAAUAUAAAAAAUUUCCUUCCGAUUUCGUCUCCAUUUCCACCGUCAACGGAAUUCUAUUUUCCGUUUACCCCUCCCUCCGUAAAAUCUAUCAAUUCCCCAAAAUCUAGCUCGGCAUAUAUACAUACACAGAUACAUACAGAAUACACACACACACACACAGAGAUACAAUUAUAUAGUAUCGGCGAAGUUCAUGAAUCGGAAGAGGACCGAGAGCCCGGUCUACGCCCGUCAGUGGAGCGGCGGAUCCAGCAGCACUGGUUCGUCUUCUCCGGUCGGUUCGCCGGCUCACCCUCGAUCAAGGCCUCCCCCGGCCGUCGCCGGGAUGUCGACUAUCAAGAGGACGCAGAACGCGGCAGCCAAAGCGGCAGCUCACCGCCUGGCUCGUGUCAUGGCGUCCAAGACUCCCGAUGAUGACGAGGACGAUGAGGACGAUGAUCUAGGGUUCCGGUUCGGCCCUCCGCCGCCGAUGAAUAUUAAUAGGAGUGACAGUAGCAACAGCAUCGGUGGUUUGUCCGGGGUUUCGCUCUCCAAGCCGAAUAGAUCUCCAUCACCUGCGUUAGGUCGGAACUUUAUGGAUGUCACUCCUACGGUUCGUUCCACAUCAGCUGGAAGACCUUCAGCUUCUGUUCGUACAGCAACAACUACGGUGGCACCACCAAGUAAACCCUCUUUGAAAACUCCAGCUAUCAUCCCUCCAAUUGAACCUCCUAUUAACAGACUGAGAGACAAUAGGUUUGCAUCUGAUGUGGGACGGUCCAGGAAAGAUUCAGGAAAUCAGCAUGAAGCCUCUGCACUUCGUGAUGAACUUGAUAUGCUACAAGAAGAGAAUGAAAUAAUCUUAGAUAAGCUUCGUCAUGCAGAGGAAAAGCGUGAGGAAGCAGAUGCAAGAGCCCGGGAGCUAGAGAAACAGGUUGCUUCCCUGGGAGAAGGUGUAUCCUUGGAAGCUAAAUUGUUGAGCCGGAAGGAAGCAGCUCUGCGACAAAGAGAGGCUGCUUUCAAAGCGGCAAAGCUGACAAAGGAUGGGCGAGAUGAAGAACUUGCAGCUCUUCGUGCAGAACUUGAGAACCUAAAAGAUGAGACUACGACUGCUGCCGAACAGCUUCACGAAGCUGAAUCUGAAGCAAAAGCUCUUCGAACAAUGACACAGAGGAUGAUCUUGACGCAUGAAGAGAUGGAAGAGGUUGUUCUGAAGAGAUGUUGGCUUGCUCGUUAUUGGGGUUUAGCUGCACGUUAUGCUAUAUGCGCAGAUAUAGCAGUUCCCAAGUAUGAGCACUGGUCAUCUUUUGCUCCUCUUCCCUAUGAGGUAGUCAUCUCUGCUGGACAGAAGGCCAGAGAAGAAACCUGGGAUGGUGGAGAUGAUUCGGAACGGAGCAAAAACACUCGUGAUUUGAAUGAUUUAACUGGGGAAGGAAAUAUCGAGAGUAUGCUUUCAGUUGAGAUGGGUUUAAGGGAAUUAGCUUCCUUGAAGGUCGAGGAUGCUGUUGUGCUCGCGCUGGCUCAGAACCGACGCUCAACCAUAGUUCGGCAUUCCUUUUCAGAUCCUAAGUCGUCUGUUGAUCCCAAGUACACUGAGGCAUUUGAAUUGAGUCAAGAGGAGUCUGAGGAUGUUCUGUUUAAGGAGGCAUGGCUUACAUAUUUCUGGAGAAGGGCAAAAGUUCAUAGUGUCGAGGAAGAUAUUGCAGACGAGAGACUUCAACUAUGGAAAAGCCGCAGUGGACAAUCCCCAACUUCACAUGAUGCUGUUGACGUUGAAAGAGGUUUAACAGAGCUGAGGAAAUUGGGAAUCGAACAGCAGCUGUGGGAUGCAUCAAGGAAGGAGAUCGGCCACCCUUCAUUUGCUAACGGCAAACAUGUUACCGAAUCAGAAUACUAGUGAAUACACAAUCGUUUAUAAUUCCUGCUAUAAAUAUAUUUUUUUCACCGAAAAUUAUUUGUGUAUUUACGGGGUUUCCCAGAUGCAAGUUUUGUGUUAUUUUCUUCGAUUGGUCUUUUUUAUUUUUUAUUUAUUUUUCGUUUUCCUUUUUAAUCCGAACCAAAGGUUCUUUGAAGUCGAGAAAAUGUAAAGCCCCAUAUAUGUACUGUAGAGUACACACGAGCGUUGUAUUUGAACUAUUGAUAGAGUCUUCGAUUUUUUAACUGUUCUUACAAUUUAU